GUAUACACAAUUCGUAGCAUCGUGGGCCAUCUGAGCCAUCUGCAUCAUGAAGCAGCGUUGCUGAACCCAAUACAUCAAGAUCCGGUAAUUUCCGCGCAGGCAUCGAGGCUCAAGUGAAUCGGCGGCGGAUCCGUUUCGCCCUUCCGAACCAACCCACUCGCUCGACAUUAAUAUGCAAAUGCUCCUGUAGCACUCCCGGAUCAUUCUUCCUUGAACGCGACCACACGACACCACUGCUACUCUGCGACGCUGCUGUCUCUCACCUCCCAUUUCGAAUCUGCUCUCUGGUCUCACGCGAAACUAUCUCCACAACCGAACGAACAUGGAUCCGUCCACAGCUCCGACUCCGUUGACCAUCGGUUCCCCGAUACAUUUCUAUGCGGGCCCGCUGGCGGGCAAGACCGUCAGAGCCGAGCUGUUGGAGCUUCAACACGCGGACAGAGGGAGAAAGUUUGUGAAGCAGGAUCGAAGGCCGCUUGAUCCCCCGCCUAUCGUAGAGCUCCGAUUGUAUGAGGUCUUCCACAACGGCACACCCCAGCAAGUUGAAACCCCCAUCAAUGGGUUAAUGUCACUCCGCUCAAGCCCAGUCAUAGAUACCUGAUACCUGUCUGCUUGUAGAGUUGACCUGCCGUCGCUCUUCCCCGGUCUGGUUUGCAGUUUAGACCUAUUUCCCGUAUCAGGCCCGGAUAUCGAAGCGGCCGCCCGAGCGCCGCAGGACGGCACGCCCGGCGUAUGGCAUCGGCGCCGAGACACCGAUGACCCAAACAUCGUCGCGAGAGUCAUUCACGCAUGUGGCGCCAGUCGAAGGGCGAUUACUCUUCACGUUCGGAGACAUCACGUCGACUAUCGAAGGAUAUUUCAUUCUUCGCUACCGCGCCUUCAAUAUUCACUCGAACCUACCGGGCGAACCUGUGCCUAUCAUCGCGGAAUGCUACGGCCAACCGUUCCGGGUUUAUUCGACGAAAGAUUUCCCAGGGCUUGCCGCAUCGACCAACCUGACCAAGCUCGUGAACAAGUGGGGUGUGAAGACCAACGUACGGGAAUUCGGACGUUCCCGCGGGAAGAAGACGACAUCAACAGUAACAGAGGGCGACGCUGAGGCGAGUGGAUCAUCGAGUACCGGCGGCACCAAGCGCAAGGCUGAUGCGACGGAGUGGAGCGAGUAGUUGCGAUGGCUUGGAUUUUGCGAUGGCUUGGACUUUGCGAUGGCUUGGACUUUUCCCUGUUAUGUAUCUCCACGACAUGCUGCCGUUUAGUCAUAUAUGUAGUACAGUGCUAUGUAAUUACCCCUCGAUUCCAAUGGGUUGAAGAUUAAUUGGC